CGGAACUGGCAUCGUAUGUAACGACAAGAGUAACGGAGAUUAGGCACGGAAUAAAAAGUCAAAAGUCAAGAACCCUAACCAUAGAUACAUUACAUUACAUACACCUAUAUCCAAAGCUCAAAUCUUAGCUCCUUAUAGAUUCUUGCUUCUGCGGUUGAUCCACCAACGGUUACUACAUCUUUCUUUGUAUUUUCAGAUGAGUCACUUAUUAAAUCAUAAUUCAGCUGAUAAUCAUGGAAGCAAAGGUGUGGAAGUUUUUGUUGGUGGGUUGGCCCGAUCUGUAACUGAAGACAAGGUUCAUAAGGUCUUUUCAACUUGUGGAGAAAUCAUGGACAUUCGCUUGAUAAAAGAUCAAAACGGCAGCCUAAAGGGGUUUGGCUUUGUACGCUUUACAACAAAAGACGCUGCUGACAAAGCUCUAAAGGAGUUAAAUGAAUCUAUGCUAGAAGGGAAAAAGAUUGGUGUUCUCCCAUCAGCUGGACACGAUACACUUUUUUUGGGGAACCUUAACAAAGGGUGGAGCGCUGAUGAUUUUAGUAACGUUGUGCGCCAGGUUUUUCCAGAUGUUGUUUCCAUUGAUCUUGCACAGCCAAAUGGUAGUGAGACAAUUAGCAAAAAGUUCAAGAACCGUGGUUUCGGUUUUGUGAAGUUUUCGUCUCAUGCUGCUGCAGCACGCGCACUUAAGGUUGGUGCUAAGCCAAAUUUUGUUCUUGGUGGUACUUUGCAUCCAUCUGUUAAGUGGGCUGAAGAGGAUGCUGGAGUUGAUACAGAGGAACUUGCUAAGAUAAAAAUAGCAUUUAUCAGAAGCUUACCGUCUACUGCUGAUGAAAACUACUUGAAGUUACUCUUUGGGCCCUUUGGGAAGGUAGAAAAAGUGGUGGUACACAACAAGGGCGCUUCUAGUGUCGGAUUUAUUCAUUUCGCUCAACGAUCACACCUUGAUAAUGCCAUAGGGGGGCUAAAUGAAAAAACCGUCAAAGGGCCAAAGGGCGGUCCAUCAUUUAAGCUACAGGUUGAAGUUGCAAGGCCCAUGGACAAGAAACGGAAAAGGGUUUAUGAAGAUUCGCAACUCACUCAGUCGCGUGAGAUUUUAAAUAACUACAAACCUCAAAAUUAUGAGUCAGUCAUGAGUUCUUUCAAUGGCUACCGUGACGACACAGUUCAAAAGGAUCCUAUAGUUGCUGAUCCCCAUGAAGCUGCUGUUCUUCUGCUACCAGUGGCUGUUAGAGAUCGGUUACUUCGAGUUUUACGACUCGGUAUUGCUACUCGAUAUGAUAUCGAAGUUGAAUCCCUAGCUAAUCUUGCGGAACUACCUGAAUCUACAGCCAUAUUAGUUCUUGAUCAGUUUAUGUUAUCGGGAGCAGAAGAGCAUGACAAGGGAGCAUAUCUCACUUCACUAAUUUCAAAGUACCAGGUGGACAAACUUGGAUUGAAUCAACUACCUUUAAAUAUGUCAAGAUUAAGGGACACUAAUGUCAGGGAAACAGUGGGCCUGGGCCUCUCUGGUAGGGCCCAUCUUCCAGCUCUUGAUUCUCUUGGCUUGCCUCUUGACCCAAUUGUGCCUAGGUCGGAUGGUUAUGCAUCUCGUUAUUCUUCAUUAAUUUCAGAAUAUGGUGCGCCAAGCCAUGCAAGUGUUUUAAAAAGAGAUGAAAUAAGUCCAUUACGCUUUCAUGAAUUACCCGCUUCUUCUUCCGCCACUGCUUCUUACAGUCGAUAUUUGACAAAUUCAAAUCUCCCAACAGCUUACGGAAACAUGGAGGAAAUGAGCCCCAACCCGUCACACCAAAUCCCGGGCUCAUCUUCAAUAUCUUAUGCAAAUCAUGCACAAGAUCCGUACGCAAUUCCAGCUUAUGUAAAAGGCGGUGAUGGUGCAGCUACUCGUCCGCAAAUGAGAUUUGACCCGUACACUGGUGAGCCUUACAAAUUUGACCCGUUUACUGGUGAACGCAUUGUUCCAGAAAACUCGUAUGAGAAUGCAUACCGACUAUGAAGAAAUUGUUUGUGAUGUUAUAUGAGUUGACGUCUGUUUUAGGUAAUGCAGUUUAUGUUAGUCUCCGAAUUGAGAAAUGUACAUUACUGGAGUUGUUUUCAGUUUUCACUUUUCAGCGUAAUUUAAUUAAUGUUUUUGUGAGGAAUGAAAGGGGCGGGGCGUUUGGCAGGAUAAAGUGGUAUGCAUCUAUCUCAUUAUUCUUCAUUGUAAAAUGAAUACUAUAUAACCAUAACAGUA